AAAUGCGAUUACGAAUGUUAUCCUGUUUGUCUAUAUAUACACACACACACAAAUCACAAUGUCAAUGUAUAUGCAUAUGCAGAGAGAGGAUAUUCGUUUCCUUUGAUUGAGCUGAUUUUGUGGCGGAUCUUGGAAAUUGGCAACCCUAAAAUAUCUACCGUUUCUUGUUAGGGGAUGUUCCAAUUAACGGCGUCGGAUUCGUUCCACAUUUCUCCCGAUGUGAUUUCGAUUCCCAAAUUCCAUCGAAUUCCAUCGCGAUUGAAUACGUCCUAGCAACACCCGGGGAAUGGAUGGCAGAGGCCGAGGAGGAGAAUCCUUUGUGGCGGUGAGGAGAAUGUCGAACGGCCUUGGUCGCGGAAGCGCCUACCAUUCCACUCCUCUGUGCGGUGAUUGUGUGGAGAUCCUGGAUCUGUGAAUUGAAAACAAUUGCGUCAAGUUAUGCCUACUUGCUUUGAGAUUUUUGCGGAGGUUGUCACAGGAUCAGCUGCAUGGCUUGGCAGAGGACUCUCAUGUGUUUGUGUACAGAUAAGAGAUAGUGAUGCUCGUCCAUCAUUUGAUUUGACACCAAUGCAGGAAGAGUGCCUAGAUAGACUGCAAAGCCGAUUAGAUGUACCCUAUGAUGGUUCUAACCCCGAACAUCAGGAAGCUUUGUUGGCAUUGUGGCAUGCUUCAUUUCCUGAAAAGGAACUACAAAGUUUAAUUUCCGAUCAGUGGAAGGAAAUGGGUUGGCAGGGAAAAGAUCCAACUACAGAUUUUCGGGGCGGCGGUUUCAUAUCACUGGAAAAUUUGUUGUAUUUUGCAAAGAACUUUCCGAAAUCUUUCCAGGACCUUCUUCGCAAAAAGGAAGGUAAUCGAGCAGUGUGGGAGUACCCAUUUGCUGUAGCUGGGGUCAACAUCACAUUCAUGCUUAUUCAGAUGCUUGAUCUUGAAGCAUAUAAGCCAAGAACGCUUGUGGGAGCAGCCUUCUUGAAGUUUCAUGCAGAAAAUGAAUCAGCAUUUGACCUUCUAUAUUGUAUAACAUUCAAGCUAAUGGACCGUCAGUGGCUUAGCAUGCGUGCUUCUUACAUGGAUUUCAAUGCUGUGAUGAAAUCUACACGUCGUCAACUGGAAAGUGAGCUUCUCCGAGAAGGCGUCAGGCACCUACAAGACUUGCCCUCUUACAAACUGCUUAGUCGGUAGUGGAAUAGGUAGCUAUUGUGGUUUUGAAUGAAUGCGCAAAAACAAGUUAGCUCUAGCUUGUUUUUGAGUAGCAAAUCCAUUGUUUUUUUUUUCACUUGAAGAGGAUAUGUAUUUGUUGAUUAUCAUUAG